AUGGACGGACUACUCACUGAGAUCAAGACUGUCACCCAUGACCAAGGGGUGUCCUUAACCCCUGCCUCCGAGGCUCCUCAUAAACCUAGUCUGGAGAAACAAGAAUCGGAUCUGAAUGAGGACCAGGCAUCAUCGCAGUAUAUCUUAGCAGCUCUCAAGUCCAACCCCGACAACGCUGAGCUCUCCCGCCUUCUUGCGACACUGGAUCCAUCCAGUCAAGACUCAAACCCCUCAGGAUUCGACGUUAGAAUCCCAAGCCCGACAACAGCGCAAAUCAUCAAUGUCUUAGUCAGCAUCACGGUUCCCCAUCACUGGGAGUCCUUGAAUCCCAUUGCGAAGGGGUCGAAGUCGAGCAAUACGAGGACAAGAGCGGCGCUGCUGCGAUGCCUGAGCAGCGUUGCCGGUAUCAGCUGCUUGGUCACCCAGCUCCGCUCGUUGAUAAGUGCCGCUCGAUCAUCCAAAGCCUCGGGACAUCAAAUUCAACUCAGAGACGUUUUAUCGGUGAUCUCUGCACUUUUGGAACCGAGGGAUUUUGCAUCCCGUCUGUAUGCAGAUAUCGACUCGUUAUAUGGGAGUGAAACUCAGAAGCAGAUCGCUUGGAGGGAAUUGCUGUCUCUGAUUGCUGCCAGCAGAGUCCUUUCCACUGCAGCUGAGGCAUUUACGCUAGUUGGUGAUAUUGACGGUGUGAAUUCAGUUUCCUGGGUCGGAGACGGAUCCAAGUAUGCAGCCUGGAUUGGUUCCAAUAUUUGCUAUAUGGUAGCGAAGAUAGAUGCAGAAAAAGAGGGGCAUUGGAAGGCCGCUGCAUCCCUGACAGGGCGGGCGUUGAGCCUUGGGUACACAGACAAACUGGUGCGAGAAAUAUACACUGGUCUCCUGAUUGAACACGACUUUUCCAAACAAUAUGGGAUCUUGGUCAGCCAUCUCCGCCCAACAGAGCAGCUUUCCGUAGUUGAAGCCAUAUUCCGCGACGUUGAAAAGAACUACUUCACAUUUGGGAGGGAUAAUGCGUCCGACGAAGUAAUCAACGGCGUUGCCGCUUUAUGCUCAAUGAUCUUACGCGGGCAUACCAAUCUGCAAGCCCAGCUUGUAGAUUGGCUGUCAAAAGGACAGGGGUCUUCAAUUCGAACGGUAGGCUUACGACGAGCUGUGUUGGCUACAUUUGUUGAGCAACAAGGCUUGAUAUAUACCUUGCUCACAAAAGGACUGGAGCAAUCUGCUGAUAAGUUUUAUAUAAAGCAUGCACCUACCACCAGCCAAGAAGCAAACACCCACGUCAUUCUUCUCGCAGCUGGCUAUCUUCAAAGGCUUGAUCCAGCAGCAGUGAAGAGCAUAGGACGUUCGGGCGCUUUCCUCGGCAGUGUCUCUAACCGUUUAGCAUCUUCUUCUACGAGGUGUCGAUUCCUAGGCAUGAUCAUCGGAACGGCAAUCUCCGAGCUUGUGGAGGAGCAAGGGAAGGCGAUGAGAUUUGACCUUGAAGAGAUGGACAGCGACGAGGCGCGAUGGUAUCUUGGUCUUAUCAAGACGCAAGACACGGUCGGCUCGCUGGAAUCGAUUCGAUCACCUCAGACGUCGACACCCAAAUCACACAACCAGACGUCCAAACAUACACCUUCUACGGCAGGCGGAAAUCAACCCAACCAGCAGCGUGUCAAAAUCAUGUCGAUAGAAGAAAUAGACGAGGACGAGCACGCAGAGUCUGAGGACGAAGACGACGACUUGAUCCCUUACGAGAAACCUGAUGAAGACCCCUCGGAUUCCGACGAUGACCCAACCUUGAUCCAGCGGAACAAGCCAACGGCGCCAGUAUACAUCCGCGACCUGAUAAUCUACCUGCGAGAUACAGACAAUGUCGAACGACACGAGCUGGCCAUCACGACCGCCCCCUCGCUCAUUCGACGAAAGACCGGCUUCGGCACCGAGCUUGCAGAGCAGACGGACGAGCUUGCGCUCAUCAUCGUCGGCCUGCAGGAGCCGAACAAGAUGCCUAAGUUCCACGAACUCCGGCUCCAAAGCAUGAUCGCGUUGAUCGUCUCGCAACCGCUGAAACUGGGCCGGUGGUUCUCGGCCAUCUUCUUCGACGGCGACUUAUCCCAGAUUCAACGCUCCGCUAUCCUCACAGCCCUGGGUCUCAGUGCUCGAGAACUAGCCGGUAACGGUGAAGAAGACGCCCGAACCAUCGGCCUUCCAGCCCUCCCUGACUCCUCGUUCCCUUCGAAGAAACUCCCCGCCGCCUUGGAAGCCCUUUACAGGAGCGACACCGACUCCCCCAUCGCAACUCUCACCCAUAAACUCUCGCAAGCCUCCAUUCAACCUCUCGCUGCUACCGCCGCAGAUUCCACCUCGGGCCCGGACGCGCUCAAAGUCCGAACUUUCUCCUCCCGCAUGGAGGUCGAAAAGAAGCGUCAGCAGCGAGAAUCGCAACGCCAACAGUCCACCAUCAAAGACCUCCAUAAAGUCCUUGCCGACAGUUUCUUUUAUCCUCUCAAGGGCCGGUUCGAUGUCAUGAUCAUGCAAUUCUCUUCAUCCUCCUCCUCGAACCCCUUCCUAAUCCCCCACCUCCUCUCCCUCUUCAUCCAAACCCUCACCCUCCUCCUCUCAACCAUGGGCCCUCACAACCCCUCCCUCCCAACACUAACUCACGAAACCACCUCCCUCCUCCUAACCCUCCACACGCGCCCCGUCGCCGACGAACCCACCAUCCUGACCGCCCUGCUCUCGCUCUUCCUAGCCCUAAUCGACCUCAACGUCGAGGCCGGGUCGGCUGGCGAAGAACGACUCGUGACGGAUUACGCGGCCCAGGUGAUCGAGUUAAGGGACUGGGCUGGGCAGGUGUUUGAUCGGAUUUCGGCUCAGGGUGCUGGGAAUGGGGAUGAGGGGAGGGAUAGGGCGAGGACGUUGGCGGCGGGUGUUAUGGUUAAGUUGGGGGAGGUUAUGGAGAGGUAUCAAGGAAGGUUGAUGGGGGUGGGGUCGGGGUUUAGGUAUUAG